UGGUGACUAAACGACUGUUUGGCUUUUGACUUUCAUUUUCAUCUUUGCAACUUCCUCAAAAAUGGAUGCUAAACAACAGAAGAAGGCAGAAGAAUUUCUAUUGGCUGAAGCAAGUUUUAUAACAAAUGCCUUCAGGAUCAUCGAUGUAAUGAUUCAACUAUGCAAAGACGAGCCUGACUGUAAGGUGCAUGUGGAUGAGAUUCUCCACAGCAUCUUCUUCUUAGGUUUCAUUCAUAAACCCCAACAAUUCACCCCCAAGGAUAUCCUUGGUGAACUUAUGCCUGCAUUGGAGGAGACUUUCCCGAGACCAUUUGAGAGUUACACAUGUAAACUGCCAAAACGGACUCCGUUCUCCUCUGUGCUGGAUAUGGUGGUCUCCUUGCUUGGACCAGACGAAGAGAUCGACAUACUGAAGAAUCUGCAGGAAAUCGCCAAAUACAUGUCGGACCCCGAAAUGAAAUAUCAAAUGCAAUCAAAUUUAUUUCUUUCAUUUAUAAAUCCCAGCCUAAAACCCCAAACAGCAAGCAAUGCAGGUGUAGAAGCACGGGUGCUAGGAAAAUACCAGUUCACCUCCUCAACCAUCUGUGUCUCUCAAACGAAGGAAGUUCAAAGAAGUUACUAUGGAGUGUCCAUGUCCUGCAAUGGGAGGCAAGAAGGACAGAUCAUGGUUGCUGUGUCCUGUCUGCGUACCUGGAACUGCCGUGUAUCCAAUGCCGUGAUGACAUACGACCCAAACACCAAGGAGAAAAGAAAGAACUUUGACCACACCUUCGAACUACCAACGAAUGUCAGGUGCCAGGCUUUCAAUGUGAAGACUGGGGAGGAGAUGCCUCCUUGCAAAUCAUGUCAUAAUCUGUUUGGCCUUGAGACAACGGAAACGAGGAUGUGGCCCUACGGGAACUGCGCCGAGGCAGAGAGCUUGAGCAAACUGUUCAAUGGAGAGACAUUUGAUGCUGGGCAAGUAGUAAAUGACGAGGUGCGAAGGCAGGUGAUACGGUCGGUAAGCACUGACCUGCAAAGAAAACUCGGGUCUAUUAAAUAUGUAUGGGAUGGUGACUAUUACAUUCCACAGUAGAUUGUCAAAGAUGAUGGUGAAGCACAUCCAUACACACACGUACGAACACAUACAUACACACACAAGCACUUACACACUUUACACACACAUAUAUACACUCAUACUGCAACACACUGAGAUCCAAAACAUGAAACAUAUAGUCAUAGCUUGCUGCCAGGCUAGCAACGUCUGAUUUGUGGCUGACAACCAGCGUUGAAACAUUGCCAAAGCAGUGAACCACUCUGUGCAUAUAGUAUACAGUAUAACUGCUAGGCUAUAGCUAUCAGCUCUUAUCAAUGACAUCUGUGAGGUAGAUGGUUCUUUUAGAAGGGGACCGUUCUUUAGAGUACCUCAUGGAGAUACUGUAUAAUUCACAAUAUGCCUGUAAUUUAAUUUAAUAUUCUAGUCUAGACUAAGCAUUUAACAUAUAUUUUUUUUAAAGAUGAUUUUCAUUGGGAUUUUAAACUUUACUUCUGUAUUCUGUAGUUAUUAAUGCACAUUUUACUCAUCUGUAACAAAUUACUAAUACUGUAAACGUUGGUGUGAAUUCAUGUCUGGGUUGAUAUAUAGCUAUGUGAGGAAUUCAUCUAAUAAAGGAACUUACAUUGUA